GGGCAACAACCACAGUUCAAUAGAGCUGAACCUGCCUCAAAAUAUCUCACAAAUUAUUUCGGCCAAAGACAAAGGAUCGUAAAAUACCCAAAAAAACCCAAAAAAAAUGGCUGUCGAUGGGGCGGCACCGGGCCUUCAGCUGAAGGUCAUGCUCGUCGAUUCGCUGCUCGAGAGCCUGGACCUGGUGAUUACGCAGAACUUUCCCAGCACCAUAUUCCGGCUGAACGAGCUGCUGGCCGCGCCGAUGUUCAACAAUCCGAUGUUCGCCGCCGAGCCGCCCGGCUGCCGCCUGCCCCCCGAGCUGAAAUGGGCCCAGACGUGCCGCCUGCAGCCCGUCGCGGCGCUCACCACGGAGACGACGCGCGUGAUCAACUCUUUGUUUGGCUACUGUAGCAUCGUGGAGGAGCUCGUCGAGGGCAUGAAGAUGGAGGUCGAGCAGAGGGGCUACGCCGACGUGCGCACGCACAACGAGAUCCUCUCCCUCCUGAAUGCCAUUCAGUCGGCCACGCCCCUUUACUAUGAUCUGAUAAACAUCUACAAUCGGACGGGCCAGAAGCUGACCGGCCAGAUGGCCGAGUCGCCGGGCCACAAGAAGCACUACCUGUGCCGCAUCUACCACACGGACAAGACGGAGUACCAGGCGCUGUGCAACAUAGUGUGGCGCGUGCGCAACGACCUCUCCGCGAUCCAGAACAUGAUCCUUGAGCACUGGGACGAGCUGAAGCCGGCCGACUGACUA